AGUAGAAGGAGUAUUGUAGUAACAAUCGCUUCACUUUCCCACUGAAGAUGGGCAACGGCAACUCAGAAUACGCUGGUGGCAAUUUAUUAUAUAAUUUUAUGCACAUAUAAUUAGUGCUUUGUUGUGGUCUUUUGAUGCGGUGUUGUGGAAUGACGAUCCUGUUCUUCUGCCUAGUGUCAUGUUGGUGGAUAUCACUAUGAGAUGAAUAUCUCAUUUUAUUCUUAGGCAGAAGGGUAACUGCCGCCAGUAUGUAGACGCUAGGGACAGUUAAUAUGUAUUUGCAUCGCUUUAAAUAUGCUUCUGCAGCUAUCUCGCUGUCCUGCACACCCCACAGCUCUAAGGGCUUCCUUUUGCUGGAUUAAGAUCUUGGAAGUUUGAGGCGAUGAUCCCCACAUCUCAAUGCCAUAUUGAAGGAUGGAAUUAAAGUGGAUGAAGUAGACGAUUCUAGCAGUUUCAUGGAUUGAGAUAAUCCUUAUUCUUCUGAUGAGGUGGGAAUCUAUGUUAAGACCAAGGAAUUUAAUCGUAUGUCCCGUAUCUGGCUCUCUAUUGCUCGACUUUCCGAGGAGUUCCUGUCUGUCUCUAGAUGUCACCAACAGCGAAGUAUCAUCAGCGUCAAAUCAGCCGUUAAGUUUUGUGGUUCUGUAUGACACUUCCGACCUCUAUCAAAUCUGCUGGUGUGAGGAAAAUAGAGCUCGCCACCGACCUGCUUCUCUUCACAAAGAUUUCCGGACAGAGCACAGGUCCAGGUUCAGAGUGCAUCUGGCCAAUCACACAAAAAUAAUUAUUAAAGUCGUCCGGAGUUGGACCAUCAUAGUCACUACUGGUGUCUAA